CGGUGUUGCACGGCGCCAGGCGGUGCGGCGCGCGGCCAGGCUGCCAUUUUGUGGAGGGCGGCUGCCAUACUUGCCGGCUUGAUAACCUUGAGGACGACCGGCCAAUCACCUAGCUUCUUUCGCCACGGCAGCCAAUAAGAUCGCUUAUACCAACCAGUCUGCCAACCCUGGCCCCGCUUACAACGCAACCCAGUAGAUAGUCCACCAAGCUUCCAGUGGCCGUAGAGUCGGGCAACGUUGCAGACCAAACUAAGCUUGUGCUGCCGGUGUGCUGGUGAACUCUCGGACGCCGCGCACUAACAGGACUGGAUGCUCCGGCGCCAGACCCGGUAAUCCGUGAGAUCAGACGGACGCGGAUCCGCCAGUCGCCGCGGCCGCGCCGCCACCGCCGCUGCUGCGCCGCCACUGCCGCCGCCGAGCCGCGAGGGCGCGCCGCCGGGCUUCGCCCCAGUGCCGCCGCUGCCGACCGGGCUCUCCCGCCCUGCGAUGGCCAACUUCCACAUGGUGAACGCGCUAAGCAUGAAUAUAAAGGACUCGCGUUGGUUGCAGCUGGAGGUCUGUAGAGAGUACCAGCGCAACAAGUGCAGCCGAAGUGACACCGAGUGCAAGUUCGCGCACCCGCAGCCGCACGUGGAGGUGCAGAACGGCAAAGUCACCGCCUGCUUCGACUCUAUCAAGGGUCGGUGUAACCGCGAGAAGCCGCCAUGCAAGUACUUCCACCCGCCGCAGCACCUCAAGGAGCAGCUGCUCAUCAACGGCAGGAACAACCUGGCCAUCAAGAACGCUUUGAUGCAGCAGUUCGCGGCCGGCAGCAUCCCCAUGCCGGGCACCGUGCCGGUGAACGGUGCAGGGCAGAUGGUUUUGGCCUAUACUCCUGGCGCCGAGAUGACGUCACCGACGGCGCCAAUGUACAAUCUGCCGCCCAGCAUGACACAAUUCUACCCGGCGGCUCCCACCCAGGCGGUGGGUGAGGCGGGCAUGGUGGCGCCAUUGGCCAUGCCGCAGCUGCAGCAGAAGAUGCAGCGCUCGGACCGGCUAGAGGUGUGUCGCGAGUUUCAGCGCGGGGCGUGCAAGCGCGCCGAGCAGGAGUGCCGGUACGCCCACCCGCCGGACCAAGUGGCGGUGGACGACGGACAGGUCACUGUGUGCAUGGACGCGGUCAAAGGGCGGUGCGGCCGCGAGCCGUGCCGCUACUUCCACCCCCCCUCCCACCUGCAGGCGCAGCUGCGCGCCCCGCGAGCUUCCCCCGCACUGGGCGAGCCGGCGUACGACGCUCAAGUAUACUUUGGUGCCUUCCCCGGUAUGGGCGUGGCCUACAAGCGUUCGGCAGGGGACAAGGCGGGCAUUCCGUGUUACCCCGCGCACAACGCGGCCAGUUAUCAGCAGCUGAUGCUGCAGCAACAGCAGAACUAUCUGCACCAAACAUCAUGUGAGUACCCGGCCGACCAGGAGAGGCCCGGCAGCGGUCACAGCGCGACGAGCACCGGCGGCCCGGCCAGCGGCGGUGCCACCAACGGACGCGCCAGCGCUGCCUCGCCGCCGCCCAGCUCCUCGGCCAGCGACAGCGGCGCCGGCGGCCACGAGGCGGCUGUGGCGGCGGCAGCGGCGGCGGCCGCCGCCUCCCCGCAGCAGGCGGUCACCGUCAGCUCUGGCCUCGCCUCCACCCUGACCACGUCCUCGCUCAUGGCUAGCUCGGCCUCGGUGCCCGUCAUCAACCCGGCCCUCUACACGGGCUACUCGCUGAGCAAGGCGGCGCUGCCGGCUGCGGCCGCCGCCGCCGCCGCCGUGCGACCCAUGUACCCGGUGGCGGCGGCGGCUAGCGUGCCCGCCGGCGCCGCCGCCGCCGCUCUGGGCAUGCCCCACGAGCAGCUGCUAUGGCUUCGACUCCUGUGCAUGCUGGCUGGGCUGGCUCGCCGCCGAACGCUAGGCAAUAACGCACACUCUGUGACAUACACGGAUAAUGUGGGACAGUUGCUGGACAACCUUCCAGUGUGCCAAGAUUUUAAGAAAGGAGCCUGCAUCCGGCCAGCCUGUAAAUUUGUGCACUAUGUUCCAGACUAUGUCGAGAUUACCAGCAGCAACCAGGUGACGGUGUGCCGGGACUCGGUGCGCGGCAAGUGCGCGCGGCCGCGCUGCAAGUACUACCACCUGCCGGUGCUGCCAACCUCGCCGACCGAGUCGGCGGCGGCGGCGCGCGCCGUCAGCUUCCAGCUGCUCUGAGCGCGCGCGCGCGCCGAGCCCCGCGCCGUCACACAGACACAGAGCGACGCACGGAGCACGGCCGGCCGGCGGGCGGACCGCACAGGCACCCCGGGCAAAUCAAACCACUGACGCUGUGUGCUGUAGACAAGUCAGCCGGCUCCGCCGAAGCAGGGCGGGCGCGAAAUCAAACUAUCUGUGGGCGGGUGGGCGGGGGUGGGGGCUGUGGCCGGCGUACGGCCGUGUCGGUCGCGGCUCCACCCAGCAUGAGGCCAGGAUCGGGCCGCGACGCACGCCGCCCACCCUUUGAACUUAAGUGAUAGUUCAUGUUAAAGUGUUCUCAUUUUGUAUAGACAAGUACCUUAUCGGAGCUCUUCAAAAGAGUGUUAGAUAGCGCGCGGAUAUUUGGGUAUUGGAUGCCACAAGGUGGAGAGGGGGCGGGCCCGACCCCGCCGGGACAGUCAGGUCGCGGGCUGGCGCCGGGGCCGCCCCCUGGGAGCGGCCAUCGACUGGGUUGUUUGUACAUAUUUAUAAGGAUAGGGUCUAGUCAGAGACACAGGGUGCGUGGGGCGGGUGGCGGGGGCGGCGUCCGGUCCGCUCCGCCCCGCCCCGCCCGGUCACGUCCUCUUCCGGCUGGUGGGCAGAACCGCUUGGCUUUGUGACGCGUUCGCUGGCGGCCGCCGCGCCGCGCUGCCGCCGGCGGCGCGGCCGGCGGCCCGGCGACGCUGCCGACGGCGGCCAGGGGCGGCGCCUCCAGGCCCCAGUCAGUGCCAUAGCAGCCGGCCACCCGGGCCGCCGUGGCCGCGUCGCCCCGCUUCUCGACCUGCUGGGUUGUACCUGAGCAGCGCGCUAAGUUGACCCCUGCUGGCUUGUGAGAGCGCGAGGGCCCGGGGCCAGUGGGCGGCCGGCGCCGUCCGUUCUAAACGGCGCUGUCGGGCGCCACCAGCGAUCUAAUCGCAGUCGGUCGGUGCGGACCGCGGCGCGGCAGUGCGGCGCGCGUGUGGCGUCGGUCCGCGCCACCGAGUUCGGGGCCCCGCAUGCCAAACCCAGAUAUCCUCAACACGCAGAUUUAGGAUUAGUUGGCCGCCGCCCGACGGCAGUGCCGCCUACACGCGGGCGACACUGCGGUCGUAACGCUUUUGCUUAGCAUAGAGAGGGCUGGACGGGACGCGACCGGUGGCCGGGGCCCGGCGCCCCGACCAGCGCGCGUGCGCGUCGGCCCGGCGCGGCCCCGCCUUCGUGGGGUCGCUCGUAUGUGUUGCAUGCUUCCCUCAUUGUUUCACGCCGCCACCGGUGGGCAGACCCUUCGGGGCAACCGGGCAGGCUACACGCUAUGUGAACACUGCGCUUCUGAAGUAACCCUGGACGACGCCGGUGACUUGGCGGGGAGGGGCACGCUGAUCGGGUCUCGCGCGCGCGGGCGCCAGGAGUCCGGGCCGCGGCGGGGCGCGGCCGCCGCCUCCGAGAGGCGGCGGCGCCGCCCGGCCGGCCGGGCCGCCGGCGCCCGCGCCGCAGUCGCAUGGGUAACCGCCGGGGUGCGGGCCGGCCCUAGGCCGCAGCCCGGCCGUCGGCGGACAGAAUACGGGUGCCGUGUGCAAUAGUGUCUGAAGGGGGAGGGGGGCUGCCGGCGUCGUCCGCGUCGGCUGUCCGCUCGGGGCGCGCCGCGAGCACACUAAUGCCGCCCGCCUGGCCUGUCCUCUCCUCACUCUCUCUUGCUAUCUCUGUUUCACUGUCCCUCUACCUCUCUCUCUCUCUUUCUCCCUCCCUCUCUCUCUCUAUCUCUCUCUCUCGCUCUUUCUUCUCUCCUUUCAUUCUGUCUGUCUCUCCCUUCACCGCUGUUGAUUUGGUGCGUACGUGCCGCGCGCGGGCGGGGCGGCGGGCGCGCCGGCGUGCCAACACGCCCUCUUCAUAACCGGACAGUACAAGUGUAGCUGCGCACUGUCUGGCGCCGCCGCAGCCGUGAAAUACUCGCCGCCCGCGCCGCCGUCGCCCGCUGCCCCGUCCGCGCCCUGUUGUAUAGGUUUAAUAUAGGUGUUACCAAUGUUGUGCAGUUACUUUUUUAACUGUGAUGUGCGGAAAAGACCAAAAGCGUAGGGGAUUCCCUCCACCGCAUUAGAGAGACGUUCUAAGCAAAGUGUGGAUACCAGUUUAUCACAUGUUUUGUAAUAUUUCCCUCCAGAAUUGUAUUUUUUGUUCAUUGAUAAAACUCUGAAUAAAGUUAUUUCGUA